GAAGGAACUAUUUAUAUCGACCCACAAAUUAGCCCAUUUUCUCUGUACAAGUGCACUACACAGGGCACAACAACAUGGCGUCGGCGCCCUACGUAGCCCACUAUGUUUACCUCAGGAAGGCAUUUGGGAUUCGUUCUCAGUGGAAGUGUGAAGGAAGAUGACUGUCUGUAGCCGACAUUAUUGUCGUUAUGGACUGGAGAAUCGCUUUUCUUCUUAUCAAGUUGUUCAUAAAAGACUGUGUAUGUUCGAUUGAAUUAUCUUCAAAAAAUGUUAAAGUCGAAUCUUCGGUGUUAUCCUGGAAUCAUCCAAAAGACAACACCAACAUCACCUAUGCUGUUCAGUACAACACGACGCUCAGUGAAUGGCAUGAUGUGUACAGAGGAACUCAGCAGCAAUUCAACUUCUCAGCAGAGGCAGAUGAUUUCUAUGGGAAGAGAUUUCGCGUGCAAGCAGAAAGAGGAAACCAAACGUCCGCCUGGGUGACGUCAAAGCUGGUUCAGUGUGUUCACCUUCACACAUGUGCCCCUUUAAUAGACCUGACGGUGGAGGGAGACAAGGUACACCUGUGGACGAAACACAGAGACGAGAGUCUGAAGAAGGAGAAAGGUGGACACAUCGAGUUCAGACUUCUGUACUGGAAGAGAAACAGCUAUAAUAAUAAAGAGGAGCUCUGGAAGCCCUUUGUCAAUUCCGUCCACCAUAUCCUUGAUGACCUGAAGUCAGGAGAGGAAUACUGCUUCCAGGCCGAGUAUUGGUAUCUAAACAAGCCCUAUGGAAAGCCCAGUCAGGAAAAAUGUACAGUCGUCCCUGAAACACCCUUUUCGCCAAUCCUGCGUAUUAUCAUGCUCGGUUUGCUAACAGUAGGGGUGCUGGCCUUCCUGGGAGGUUGCCUGUAUUUUGUUCACAAACAUUACAAAAGGAUUAAAGCACUCUUUCAGCCUCCUCUGGACAUCCCUGCGCAUUAUGAAGAGUUCUUUUUCAGCGAAUUCCCUGAGCGUCCAGCCACUCGUCCCGCUAGCCAAGUGGCCGAGUUGUGUGACAUCGUAGCUUUGGUGGAGGAUGUUGCAGAAAGCGAGGACAGAAGUGAUUUGGAACACAGCGAGUAGAAAGCGAGCUCCACGUGGAGCGAACACAGCAUUCUCUCCCAAUGGACUUGUGAGAAAUGUGAACUUUUGAUACUUUAUAUUUUUCUACAUUGAUUUGAUACACUAUUGUCCUCUUGCUUACCUUCAGUGAUUUUUUUCCUGCAUGAAAAAUGCAUUUUUUCCAACUGCUGAACAGUCAUGUUAUUGAAACAUGCCAACCUCAUGACCACAAGGAUUAAUCUGCUUUGUUGGUUGUUACAUUUAAGUCAAAUAAUUAGAGAAAAACAAAGGAAUCCUGACAGACUGUUAUCUACUGGUAGCUUGUAACUUUAUUUUAAGUGUGUGUGUGUGUGUGUGUGUGUGUGUGUGUGUGUGUGUGUGUGUGUGUGUGUGUGUGUGUGUGUGUGUGUGUGAGAGAGAGAGAGAGAGAGAGAGAGAGAGAGAGAGAGAGAGGGAGGAAGUUAGGGGGGACUAGGAGGUUCAAAGGUGCACUUUGACACUUUAAACUUAAAUAAUGUCAACUUAAGAAUAGAGUACCAGAAUGUUUCAGCUCAGCCUGAGGUGUUUGCCUGUUCAGAGAUUGAGCCUCCAACAAGAUCAUUCUUUCAAAUCAACCUAGUACUGUUAGUCUUUACACAGCAGGAGUCACAAAAUGUUAAUUGUUACACAUUUCAAAUCCACUCUUUUUUUUUUUUUUUUUGGUGAUAUGUACAUCUUGUUUACAUUUGUUUCUUAAUUAACUAUACAAAAAACACACAUUAGAACAGGUUAUUGUAUUUAUAUAUAUAUACAAUUCUUCGUUUUCAAGAAAGGAGUGAAUAUUUCUGGAGAUAUGUAUCUGUCAACCUGUGUAACUCUGGGGCAUGACAAUGAUAUGAUAAAACAAUAAUAAUCUAAUAACAACCUAAUGAUAUCAAUUCUAUAUGUUCUAGAUUCUGCUUACAAUUUACAAAUCAACACUAUUUAGUCAAAUUCAUUUUACUAUAUGGUUAGAAAACAGACAGACAGACAGACAGACAGACAGACAGACAGAUAGAUAGAUAGAUAGAUAGAUAGAUAGAUAGAUAGAUAGAUAGAUAGAUAGAUAGAUAGAUAGAUAGAUAGAUAGAUAUUAACGUUUGUUACAGUAAGAAAAUUGCUCUUACUCUUCAGUAGUUUUUAAAACUUGAGCCUUGAUAUAAAUGAACUUAUUCAGUUGUUCAUACAAUACUUCCACAAGAAAAUACUUUAUCCGUGAAAAUGCCAAAAAAUUCAAGAAAUUUAUACCUGAGGGUAUGCUAAUUUAUGCACGAGAAGUCUAACGUAACCAUAGACUUGCACAUGGAUUUCUUUUUAGAUGGAAUAUGAUAUUAAUUAAUUUUUAUGUUGUUUAUGCACAUAAAGUGUCCUUGAAGUCUCAAUCAAAAACAUUCUCACGCUUGUUCAUUAGGUUUUUGUGAAAACCAGUCAUUAUAUAUUAUUGGACUUAAUAAAAGUAAAUAAAGCAACACAAACUCAUACAUGAACUUCUGCCUUUCAGCCUUUACCCUGAUUAGUCAUUUUGUGCUCUUAGCUGCACACCAUAUAUGGAGUUUUGUGGGCAUCACUGCAUGCAAAUGAGCUGUGUGCUUUAUGUUUACAUUGUGCAGCACUUUGUUCAGACCUUUUGAAACUAAUUUACAAGUGUUAUAAUUAUUCAGAUUUGACAGACUUCAACUCACUGUACACUAAAAGAUUUCAUGUAGAACGGGUCAUGGCCCAUCCUGAAACUGCUCAAUUUCCUUCACUAAAUAUUCAGUGCUUCAACUGUUGAGCCCUUGAGUGCUCUCUCUCUGCUCCAGGGUCUCGCUGCCCUGUGCUCUAACCUAACAAGUUGAGAUCUCUAGAUAAAAUGUUAACUUUUCAUUGUGUAAUGUAUAUGUGACAAAUAAAACAUUUUACAUUUUGCCUUUAUUUUAUAGCAGUGUUUUAUUUACUUUUGUGCUGCUUCAGGUACUGAGACAAAAAAUAAUAUUUAAAACCACCUCCAACUGUAUAUAGAUCUACGUUUUGGGGAACAGAAAGACAAAAAAGUUUUGACUUGCCCGUGAGCUAUGAGUGCAAAUGUAUUAUUUUUGUUGUUUUUUAAUUACCUACUGCAUGUGUUUUAGUUUUAUCAAUCAAAAUAUCUUGAUCUACAGCUUUAUUUACCAGCUGUAUGUGAUUUCAAGAUGAUCUGUAUUAUUUAAAGAUGUAUUGCUCCAUUCUACAAUGGAUUUUUAUGUCUUUUCACCAUCCUUUUUACACACCAUCCCAGCAGCAAUUAUGAUUUUGCUGUAAAUAAUACAAAUGUGAAUGUAUAGAUCUGUACUUUAAUAAAAGAAGGUUUUUUAAA